AUGCAGGAUUUGCGGGAGAACGAAAUCGUGAAGGGGCGGUACUCCACCUACCAGCUGCAGGACCUCAUUGGCAAGGGCGGCAACGCGGUGGUGUACAGCGCCAUUGACCGGAGUACGGGGCUGGUGGUGGCUGUCAAGAAAAUUAUGGCAUCCGACGAUACAGUGAUGGCGACAUGGCGCAAGGAGGUUGCCAUUAUAAGCUCCCUCGAGAACCCGUACAUCAUCCGCUAUAUUGACCACGCCCGUUCCGGCAACGCCUUCCUCAUCGUCACCGAGUAUGCACAGGGCGGCUCGCUAUUGCAACAACUAAAGCGGAAUGGGCGCUUUAGCGAGCGGGAGGUGGCACGGUUUGUGUUUCAAAUCACUACCGGACUUGCGUACAUCCAUGCAAAAAAGUUUCUGCAUCGUGAUCUCAAAUGCGCCAACGUCCUCAUUGGAGCUGGGGAUGUUGUGAAGCUGUCUGACUUUGGACUCGCCAUGCCGCGUACUGUGGUGCGGGACGACAAGAGUGGUGGCGAAGCCGACGCCGAGUCGAGUGCCGCCGUGGCUGCCGUAAACGUGGAGGAAGGGGUGGUGGGCUCCGUGUAUUGGAUGGCGCCUGAGACCAUCCGCGGGGAGCAGCCGAAUGAGAACAGCGACAUUUGGUCACUUGGCUGCCUCUGCGUGGAGCUGCUGACGGGCAGCCCGCCGUUUUACGACCGUGCCCCCGCGAGUGCUCUGUACCACAUCGCCCAGUCUGAUGAGGUGCCUAUUCCGCAGAUGGAACUUUCAGAGGUAUGUGAAAGUUUUCUCAGAGCUUGCCUUGACAGAGACCCAAGGAAGCGACACUCCGCCGCCUCGCUGCAGCGCCACGCGUGGUUCGGGGGAUUUCUGGCGGAGAACACGCUGGAGACGCUGGCGAAUACGCAGGCGGCGGACAUCAGCACGGAGCAGGCGGCAGAGAACUCCAUGGCCAUCGCGCAAUGGGUGAGGACCAACCUCUUCCAAGAGAAGGCGGAGCAGCGGGAGCAGUGGCUGAAGGGGGGUUGCCUCAAGAAGGUCGUCGCCGUCCUGCCCAAGGUGACGGCGGAGGCGUCGUACGAAAUUAUUCGCAGCUUUUCCUUUGCGGCACAGCGAUGUCGCAACGAAGCGAGCUGCUUUCUCACCCAACUUGGCGAGACCAACCUCUGGGACAACACGCAACUUAGUGUGCUGGGGAAAGCAGACUCGCUCAGCUCGCUCUUUAUCUGCUGUUGCGAGCGGCAGGAUUCGCGGGUGUCGCAGUACGCACCCACGCACCCAGGGGCACUGUACUUUCUCUUACAGUGCCAAGAGGGUGAUGUGGCCGUCACCUGCAUCGAUGCGCUGCACAACCUGAUGGUCGGCUGCGAGGAGGAUGGGCCUUCAACUCCCUUUUCACUGCCGCAGGAGUUGUCUUCCACAGAUGCCGGACAAAUCACAUUUCGACGCUUUGUUUCACAGAAUCGAUUUGUUGCGGAUCACGCGGUGUAUGCCGUUCAACGCAUCAUAGAGGAGGCCUGCUGUACCGCCUUCCACGAGGAGAAAGAGCCACUUAUUGGAUGGAAAAGUCUGGACAAACUCUUCGAGGUGCUUCGACGAGUUUUUAAAAAGACCGGUGACGAGAGCAUCGUGGUAGGACCGUCGAUGUCCGUGGCGCAGAACGCGGAGGGGGUGGAGUCGUCCAGCGUGACCGCUGUCGCCACCGUAGACGGCUCCGUUUCCAUAACAGAUAGUAGCGCACACGUUGCUGGAGAAAAAACGGCCAGUCGAUGCGGGGUAGCUCGCAGAAAUAGCGUGGGUGGCCCUGGCAGCACAAAUACAGCUGGAGGCAUUGGAGAAUGGCAGGCAGAAGGGAAGUGGUUGUUGGCUUUGCAGGAGGCGAGUCGUCACUUAUGUCCUAACGCCAUUUUGCUGCUUUUACAGUAUGUUCACCACGUUUCGCGGAAUCAUCUAAAGGGCCUCAACGUUGGGGGAAAGAGCAUUGCCGGGACAUUCCUCGUUGUCGCGUCGAACGCCUCUAUUGACGUCAACACACGCAUUGCGCUGCUUAGGUGUCUUCCAGUGCUUCAGUGCUCGUCGCAGAAAGCCGCCGCCUUUAUACGAGACACGCGGUGUAGCGUGCCGCUGCUGGCGCACACUGCAAAGAGCAUCCCUGUGUCGGAGGAGUCCCGCGAUGAUGAGGUGAUGAAGGUUCUCUUCAACCUCUGCGAGGAUGAACGCAUGGCGGCGGCGCUCGCCGCAUCCAGCGCGUUCCUCAGCAUAGCCGUGGAUCGUGCCAACCUUGCGAUGGAGCGACAUCGCUGGCCGGAGGUGGUGCAUGCAAUCCGCUUCAUUGAGAUUCUACUGGCGUACUCAGCGGAUUCCUCACGCGUCGUGGAGUCGCGCAGCCUUUUGCAGCUUCUCCUGCAGUUAUCGGAUAGCGGAAGUUUUCCCACCAGCGUUAGCAGCGCGGCCCAGCGGCUGCUCAAUAGUGUACAGGUCCAAACUAAUGUGUUAUAG